AUGCCUCUAUAUGCAAAGUUCUUGAAGGAGCUCAUCAACAAAAAGAGAAGCUGGCAUGAGAAGGAAACCGUCAUGCUCACUGAAGAAUGUAGUGUAGUAAUUCAAAGGGGUAUUCCACCAAAGCUUAAAGAUCCAGGGAGUUUUGUAGUUUCAUGCACCAUAGGCAAGAUGACCUUAGAGAAAGCUCUCUGCGAUCUAGGUGCUAGCAUCAACUUGAUGCCCCUCUCAAUGAUGAGAAAGCUUGCCAUAGAAGAAAACAAACCUACCAGGAUGUCACUUGUAAUGGCCGAUAGAUCAAUCAAGACACCCAAUGGAAUUGUGGAAAAUCUAUUAGUGAAGGUUGGAGAGUUUAUCUUCCUUGUAGACUUUGUGAUCUUGGACACAUAA